GCUGAGCAGCAACAUCAUUCCCUGACUAACUAACCUUGCACUUGAACCAGUUUUCCACGUGCCAUAAAAUAUUCUCAAAUUCGGUAUUAGAUUUGUGAAAAGGAAUUCAACAGUUCAUUUUGUACCAUGGAAGUCAAAUCUGUCAUGUUUUUCCUCUUUGUGGCCUCGGUUUGCAGCCUUGGUCGGGCCGAGGUCUCAUCAUCCUUUAUCCAACUACCGACUAAAGGUACUCAUCGCACUGCUCGAAUGACUCUCGGGACAUCGGUUAAUACAGGGCAAUGUGCCCACAUUGGGCGGAAUUGUAUCAUGCAGCGGGACAGGGCGGACAACCCGUCGUCCUUCACCUACGUGCCCUGCUGUGAGUACCUCACCUGCCAAGGAAUUGGGCCGGUCGAGAUCAGAAACGGACUUGGCCAGGCGCUCAAGAGCGAUGAGAACACUUUUAGCGGGAUCUGCACCGUCAGUCUGGACAAUGGAGGGGGAAACUUGGGCCAAUACAAGAAUUACGUCGCUGGACUUUAAAAGUCGCUGGAUUUUUGGGGCUGGUUGUGGAGAAAUAUGAUUCACUAAAUACUUCCAUUAUUAAUUUUUGACCUAUAAUUACAUGAAUCUAACCGAAUCCAUUUGACUUUUAUGAAUUAAUAAAUAUUUACCGAAAUUUAAUAAUGA